ACGAGGGGCAGGCCGCUUUGCGCAUGCGCAGUCCUGCUGUAUCGCUAUUCUCUCUCUCUCUCUCUCUCUCUCUCUCUCUCUCUCUCUCUCUCUCUCUCUCUCUCUCUCUUCCCCCGGCUAGGCCGCUUCACGUUCACAAGCGUCCAAGUCAGUGUCAUCAAGUGGCGUUUUGUCGCCGUGUUCAAACGUGCUCGUUUUCUCUUCAACGUGUGCCGUGUACCAGGGCUAACAUUAGCAUCUGAGCGUGCCUGGCUCAUCCGGCCUCCCCAGCUAGCUUCCAGCUCGUUAGCCGCCGAUAACAAACAAAGGAAGCUAGCUUGUUUGGGGUUCGUCUCGCAGCAAGAUGUUUAAAGUCCAGAUGCUGAGAGCUUUGGUCAACGAGCGCCUAACUUCGGCCGUGGAAGAAAUCUUCGUGGUGUUGGAGAGAACCAUAGCGGACUACGAGGACGAACUUUGUCGAACCAAAGAAGAGAACCACCGACAGCGCCAACUACUGGACGCUCUUUGCAAAGCUCACGCGGAUGCACCUUCAGCAGACACGAUGAUGUGUGACAAGACUUUUCCGAUCAACUUGUGUCCCGCAGUCCCGCCGCUGCCGCCGCCCCAUCGCGUCGAGGAGGACGCGGGCGAGCGGCCGGACGACCCGGAGGAGGUCGACCUGGGCGAGCUGGCGGUGACGCGCGUCAUCGUGAAGAGUGAAGACGAAGACGAGCGUGAGGAGAAGGCGGCGUCGGACGGCGCCGUAGACGCACAACGACGUGAGCAAACGCAGGGCGGCAAUUCGAAAAGACGCGCGAGGGGUCGCGCGGCGGCCACCGCGGUCGGCGGCGAAAGCGUCCCUCGGGGGGAACGCCUGCCGCGAGCUGAAGAAGAGAAGCAGUUCUCCUGUUCGGCGUGCGACAUGACGUUCAAGUUUCACUCCACGUUCCUCGGCCACAUGAAAAGGCACAGCGGCGACAAGUCGUACACCUGCACCGUGUGCAACGCCGCCUUCAGGUUUCAGUCCACGUUCGUCAACCACGUGCGAACGCACACAGGGGAGAAGCCCUUCGCUUGCCAAAUGUGCAACGCCACCUUCGGCGCCCACUCGUCGCUCUUGAGGCACGUGCGCUCGCACACGGGCGAGAAGCGCUUCACGUGCUCCUUCUGCGAGAAAAAGUUCCCCAGGAAGUCCAGUUUGGUGGAGCACGUGCGCAUCCACACCGGAGAGAAACCGCUUUCGUGCUCCGUGUGCGACAUGACCUUCAGAUUUCAUUCCAAGCUGGUCAAGCACAUGAGAACGCACAAGGGAGACAAAGCUUUGACCUGUCACGCGUGCGGCCAAAACUUCAUUUCCAAACUUCGGCUGGAUAAACACGCGUGUGCUCGCGGGGAGAGCAGUGGCGCUCGAACCGACUUCACGGCGCAAAUUUGACCUUGAAAACGCAUUUGCGAUUGUGCCGUGCGGGUUUUCUUUGACCUUUUCCCAUUGUCUUUCCAGCAGGUGAGAGAAAUAAAGUUUGAAUUGAGUUCAGCGUAAUGGAUCCCACACUUUGUCGUUAAUUGUCCAUCCUGCCCACCUUAGCUUCGGGCUCAUUCAAACAUCUGAUUAUGGCUGUGAUGCAUCAUAUCAAUCUGGCAUCCCCGCGUGACUAAAGUUUACGACUUUUUAUCUAGACGACACGACUUUUCUUGAAAACUCGACGCUCCUAACCGUCCACCCUUUUUUUUUUUCCCCCUCCACUUGUCUAUCCUCUGGGGUCGGGCCACGGGGUCAACAAAACCCACUUGGUCCGGCUCUUCCGGACCAAGCGGAAUCCGGCGAUGACGUCCUAUGUUUACUCCGCGCCAUCGCGAGACCUCCCGGAGCCUGCGUUGACAAGAUGGAUGCCAGGUCGAAAGUCUUUGACUUUCAUUUAUCAAACACGCAAAAAAAAAAAAAAAAAAAAGGCCAUAGAAAAGGUCUAAACAGCCCUUGUUCAAAGGCCAGGAAUUUGUUUCAAAAAUAUAACGUAACAAUGAAGAUGUUAAUUACGGCAACAACAAGAAAAAUACACGUUGCAUUGUGGGAAUCGUGCGACUGGAUGUGACGUAUGCUUGUUGUCGUUAGCAUUAGCAGCUAGCUUUGGGAGCGAUCGCGCAAAUAGCUAAACUGAGGCCCGGCCGCGCGCUGUCUGGGCUUCCUGUUCAUUGCAGUCCGCUUUCGUUCGUGAGUGUCGCGUUCUCAAGAAUCAGUCUUGGACUUGGAUUUCUUCUUUUGUUCACUUUAUUUCUCAAUCGAUCAUCUACUCGACACGGAACUGCAUUCUUCUUCGUGUCCUUUUCCUCGCCCUUCUGUGACAUGUUUUUACCUCGUGCCCCCUAGUGUUCCGAUUUAGACAUCGCAAUUGGAUGUAAUUGUACCGAGAUAACAAGAUGACAAACUUGUGUUUUUUUAUUUUUUUUUAUUUUUUUUGGGGUGUCUUGUGUUCUGUGUCUUUUUGUCUAUGCCUUUAUGUCUCUGAAGUGUUCUCUGUCAAUUGACUGGCUGUUGUCGUACUCGAGCGGCUCCAACGACCGGAGACACAUUCCUUGUGUGUUUUUUGGACAUACUUGGCAAAUAAAGAUGAUUCUGAUUCUUCUAUUUUUCCCUUAACGUUUGUAAAUCAGUGCAUUUGUAUUGUGUCCCGUCGGCGGUACAGAAGGGGAUAUUAUACAACCCCAA